AUGGCGACGGCGCCGCUCGAACCCCCGCCCCGCCACCCCAGCCCCACUUGCGUCUGGCCCCGGAGGCGUGGGGCGGCAGGCGGCAGAGUCCGGCGGGCAGCAGCGCUAAGCGGGAGCCUCAGCCCCGGCCCCAGGGAGCGAGACCCGGAGCCUGCGAGCGCCCCCUUGCCCGCCUCUACCCGCCUUGGACCAGACCCGACCCGCGCGGCGCAGAGGCAGCGCACAGGGCUGGACAACCGAGUUCCUGCAGAGACCCUCUGCCCCUGCCGGCUGCCUCGCUCCAUCAGAGACUGUCCCGGAGCAGGCAGGACUGACUCAUCUGCUCCUUUGGUCCUAGGGGAGCCCUCCCAACCUCCCAAUGGCAGCUGGCCCCCAAGUCAGAAUGGGAGUGAAGCUGAGGCCACCCCGGCUGCAAACCUGACCUUCUCCUCCUACUACCAGCACUCCUCGCCGGUGGCCGCCAUGUUCAUCGUGGCCUACGUGCUCAUCUUCCUCCUCUGCAUGGUGGGCAACGCCCUGGUCUGCCUCACUGUGCUCAGGAACAGGCACAUGCGCACCGUCACCAAUGUCUUCAUCCUCAACCUGGCCGUGAGCGACCUGCUGGUGGGCAUCUUCUGCAUGCCCACCACCCUUGUGGACAACCUCAUCACCGGAUGGCCCUUCGACAAUGCCACAUGCAAGAUGAGCGGCUUGGUGCAGGGUAUGUCUGUGUCAGCUUCCGUUUUCACGCUGGUGGCCAUCGCCGUGGAAAGGUUCCGCUGCAUCGUGCAUCCUUUCCGCGAGAAGCUGACCCUGCGGAAGGCGCUGGUGACCAUCGCGGUCAUCUGGGCCCUGGCGUUGCUCAUCAUGUGUCCCUCGGCCGUUACGCUGACCGUCACGCGCGAGGAGCACCACUUCAUGGUGGACGCCCGCAACCGCUCCUACCCGCUCUACUCUUGCUGGGAGGCCUGGCCCGAGAAGGGCAUGCGCAAGGUCUACACGGCAGUGCUCUUCGCGCACAUCUACCUGGCGCCGCUGGCGCUCAUCGUGGUCAUGUACGCCCGCAUCGCCCGCAAGCUCUGCAAGGCCUCGGGCCCGGCCAGCGACAACCGGGAAGGGGCGACCGAGGGAGGGCGCGCGGCGCGGCGCAAGGCCCGGGUGGUGCACAUGCUGGUCAUGGUGGCGCUGUUCUUCACGCUGUCCUGGCUGCCUCUCUGGGCGCUGCUGCUGCUGAUCGACUACGGGCAGCUCAGCGAGCCGCAGCUGCACCUGCUGUCGGUCUACGCCUUCCCCUUCGCGCACUGGCUGGCCUUCUUCAACAGCAGCGCCAACCCCAUCAUCUACGGCUACUUCAACGAGAACUUCCGCCGCGGCUUCCAGGCCGCCUUCCGCACCCGCCUCUGCCCGCUGCAGUGGGGCAGCCACCCAGGGACCUACUCGGAGCGGCCCGGCUGGCUCCUGCGCAGGAGGGUCUUGGUGGAGGUGCAGCCCAGCGACUCGGGUCUGCCAUCUGAGUCGGGUCCCAGCAGUGGGGCCCCCAGGUCUGGGCGCCUACCGCUGCGGAAUGGGCGGGUGGCCCACCAGGGCUUACCCGGGGAAGGGCCUGGCUGCUCCCAUCUGCCCCUCACGGUACCAGCAUGGAACAUCUGA